GUAACCUAAAAACUAGAAAGCGUACCAUAAAUAAGAAUUUACAAAGUUUCAGUUUCAUUCUUUUGAAAGCAGAUGAUGGCAGAAGAGAACAAAAAAAUAUCUUUUGGGUUUAGUAAACUUAGUAAAAAACCAAACAUAUUUGGAAAACCGCCGGAAAAGCAACAAAGAGUGGAGUUGAUCGAAUGCCUAGAAUCGCAAACAAUAAAAAUUAAAAAUGAUAAAAAAGAAGUUAAAGGGCCUCUUAUUAUACCAAUGGUGCAGUCUACAACUAACAUUCUGGACCGUAGGAAAAACCUCAAUCUCGAUAAAAUAGAGCCCAUUAAUGAGAAACCCGAUUCUGAAUUAACAGUUGAUGAGCUUGCGGCUCGAGAAUUAAUAAGAGAAGCGCAGAAUUCUUCAAUUCAAAAGACUAGUAAAGUAUUCGUACUUCCCAAUGUUGCAACAAACACAAUUGAGAUAGAAGGAAAAGAAGAAUCCACAUUAGAGGAUUACGAUACUGUUCCGAUUAGUGAUUAUGGUUUGGCUAUGUUGCGUGGAAUGGGGUGGACGGAAGGAUCUGGAAUUGGUAAAAAUAACAAAAAAAUUAAAAUGGUUGAACCUGCGCUGCGACCUAAAGGAAUGGGACUUGGCGCCAGUCAAACUUAUAAGGAUCAGAAAACAAAACCCACAUUGGAUAAGAAUGGUAAAGAGCUGACUUUAUGUAAGGGUGGUUUUGCUAAAAUUACAGAUGGGAAGAAGAAGGGUUGCUACUGCGAGGUACAAGGGUUUGAUGAUCAAGCGGGUAGAAUUAUUGUGAAAACUUCUCUGGACGGAUUAGUGUUGUCGUUAAACGAAUUUUUAGUUUCUCCUGUUACAAAAGAAGAAUAUGACAAAUCGUCAAAAGUUAUAAACAUAGUCAAAUAUGAGGAAUACAAAAGUAAGGAUCGUAAACCUAACGAACAUGAAGAAAAGGAUACAAAACAGCGUUCUUCACAUAAGUAUAAAAAGAAAUCAAACAGAGAUAGAUCAUCAAGCAAUAACGAGGAUAGUGACUAUGGAAGAAGAAAAAACAAACAAGAACAUACACAGCGGACAGUAAAUGAUGAGAGGCACAAGAAGAAGUCGCACAAGCAUAAAUCUGAUGCCAGUGAUUCCGAAUCAGAUAAUAGACACAGCCACAGAAAACAUAAAACUAAAAGUCACAAGCAUUCACACUCUAGGAGGUGAUUUUGAUGACAUUUGUGAACACCUUAUCAAUAUUUUCAGUACUAUAUAAUAAAUUUGUAUUUACUUUAAAA